AUGACUAAAAUUAUUGCAGUUUUCGGUGCUACAGGACAGCAAGGCGGCUCUGUCAUUCGCACUAUUCUGCAGGAUGUGAGCCUCUCUCAGAAGUUCAAUAUUCGGGGCAUCACUCGUGAUGCAUCCAAGCCGGCCGCUCAAGCUCUUGUGAAGCAGGGCAUCGAGGUCAAGACCGCCGACAUGAACUCAAAGGAGUCACUGGCUCAGGCAUUGGAGGGCAGUCACUCAGUCUUCCUUGUGACCACUCCGGACUGGGGAAAUGCCGGUUCCGAUGCUGAGCUGGUACAUGGAAAGAAUGUUGCUGAUGCAGCAAAGGAGGCUGGCGUACAGCAUCUGAUUUUCUCGUCUUUGUUCAACGUCACAGAGACAUCGGGUGGUCGCCUUAAGCAUGUCCCUCACUUCGAUCACAAGGCGCAGGUCGAGGAGUAUAUUCGGUCAAUUGGUGUGCCAGCCACCUUUGUGCUGCCAGGUUACUUCAUGACCAACUACACUGUAUUUGGAAUGCUGCGCAAGGACAGCGACGAUGUUUACAACUUGGCCUACCCUGUCGGCAAAGACGCACAAUUCCCGCUUAUUGACAUUGCUAGCGACAUGGGCAAAUAUGUGGCAGCGGCCUUAAAAAACCGGUCCGAGGUUCUUGGUCUCCAGCUUUUGGCAGCGGCUGACUAUUACUCCCCUACGCGUAUACUUGCCGAGUUCGAGUCGCUCACUGGAAAGAAAACCCAGUUUGUUCAGGUGGACAGUGACACUUACAAGAGUUUUAUUCCCGGUCCGAUGGGAGAGGAGAUGUUGGAGAAUCACUUGUUUGUUGAGAACCCGGGUUAUUUCAAUGGCCGCAGUUUGAAGGAGAGUCACAAACUGCUCGAAAAGUCUGGUUAUCGAGUGACGACUUGGAAGGAUUUCUUGGAGCAAAGCAAAGAAUCGCUUUAG